AAAAAUUAUCUGAAGUGGGGGAUUUCCGGUUUAGGUAGGGAGCAUCACAGAUCGAUAUUUCCUUUUCCGGCAACCGGCGUCCAUUUUCUGUUGGCAUCAAUUCGUUAGACGCAAAAGUUUAAGCGUCUAUAAAUUAUUUAAUAUUUAAAUAAACCACACAAUAAUGGAUAGUGCACCAGCUCCCAGAGGUGGUGGUGGUGGUGGUGGUUUUCGUGGUCGAGGAGGACCUGGUGGACCUAUGAGAGGACGCGGCGGUUUCGGGGAAAGAGGAAGAGGUGGAAUGAUGCGAGGAGGUCGUGGAGGACCAGGAGGAAUGCGUGGUGGACCACCUGGAAUGAGAGGCAGAGGUGGACCCGGAGGAAGAGGUGGCAGAGGCGGUCACUUUCCACCAGGAGGACCUGAUCAGGCAGGAGGACCAGGAGGCGCUCCUUCGGGACCUAUGGGAGGAGCACCAAGAGGAAGAGGUGGUGCAGGUGGUGGCUUCCGUGGACGAGGCGGUGGCUUUGGCAGGGGAGAUAGCCGUGGAGGUGGCUUCAGAGGUCGCGGAGGAAUGGACCGCGGUCGUGGUGGUUCCCGAGGUGGACCUGGAGGUAGAGGAGGUCCAGGAGGCCGUGGCGGUUUUGGCGACCGUGGAAGGGGAGGACGAGGUGGACCCUCAAAACGAGGUGGAGGACCACCAGGAGCCAGCGGACCCCCAAAGAGGCCAAGAUUUGAAAAUCAAAGUGGACAGUCUGCCAAUGGCUACGCAUCUGCACCAAUCAGUCAAGGAUAUGGUGCAAGUUCAGGUAAUGGAUACGGAGGUGCUCCACAAGGACCGCCGCAGGCGGCGGGCUAUGGUGCUAGUUAUGGAGCUCAACCAGGGUAUCCCCAAUCUUAUCAAGGUUAUGAAAGUUAUCAACAGCCAGCAGAUUAUGGGCAGUCUGCAGGAUACGCGGCUGCUGCACCAGAUCCACGAUAUGGAGGAGCCCCAGCUGUUGCGUCCACCGGAUAUAGUGCUGAUCCUUAUGGCUAUGGUAAACCAGCUGUCGCAGAUUAUACAACACAAGACAGCACAUAUGGAAAGCAGAGUUAUGAUUCAAACUAUUACUCUGGAUAUCCAAGCGCAUAAUAAACAGAUAUAACAAGUAUCUGCUUAACAAAAUGUUAUGUACAGAAAAAAGAAUAAUGUACGAGUUAAAUUGAAUGGAGGAGAGCUGUGGUUGUUCGCAGGUGGCAGUGCUGGUUACCAAAACGCCCAGUUUCAGCGAAGCUUUCAAAAAACAAAAAUUUUAAUUAAAAAAAAAAAACAAAAAAAAAAUUAAGGAAAAGAAACAAAAUACAAAAAAUAUUUAGUAGUUAAUUAAAAAAAAUUUAUCCCAUUUUAAUAAUCGAUCGAAAUAAUAAAGUGCGUGAGAAAAUUAAAUUUGUACAUUAAGGAAUGUUUGAGUAAAUCUUUUUUUUCUUUCUUUUUUACUUACCUAUGAUUCUUAUUUUUUUUUUCAAUGUGAUCUGAUUUCCUUUAUACACACACGCAUAUAUAAUAUAUUUAAUAACAGAAUCAUAAAUUUUAGUUAGCAAUAUUAGCAACUAAUUUUUAUUUUCGAAAAUAAAUGAAAAAUCAUUGUGCAGACAAAAUUUUUUGUCAAAUGUACAAUGAAUUUGCUCGGAGAAAGUAUAAAUGAGAGAUUUUACAUUUGACUUUCAGUAAAAUUAUUGUUUAAUUUUUUUUUCUUUUUGUAGAUUAUAAGUUAAUUCGCAAAAUAUUUCAUUAUUUGUUUCAAAUUAAAAACAUUUUCUUUAGGGACAAUCUUACAAGUCAUUGUAAUAUUAAUUUUAAUUAUAAAACAAAGUGUAUCUGUCCGUAAAAUCGAUUUUUUUUUCAUUGUGAGAGCGUGCGAGCGAGAGAGAGAAAAUUAAAAAAAAAAUUUUAUAAUUCCCGCAUAAUUGUCAUUUAAUAAUCAGUCGACUGUAUACUACGUGUAGGAUUUACGAUAAUUUUUAAACCGAUUUUUUAAAAAGAAAAAAAAAUAAAACUAUUUUCAUUGUUUUCUAGCAUUUUGAACUGAUAAACGAAUUUCAGUGAUUUAAUGCUGCGUUCUUGAUAAACGAAAAAUAGAAUAAAAUCAGCUUUGUAUAUUUUAGUUUCAAAAAAGAGAAUAAUGUAGCGAUUUUGUUUCUGAAAUAUGUUAUUCAGAAGCGUUUUCAAUGAGCAAAUUGUAUCUACAGACUCAUUUACUAGUAUUAAAGUAUCACAAAUUACAUUA